CAGAUGCAAACUCCACGCCAUAGCCAGCACACACGCUCUUCUCACAUUUGCCUACAAAUACUGCAACCCACUUUGGCACUCUUUCCCAUUUCUCUCCUUUGAGUCAUUUCCUUCCGCAUUCUCAUACAACCAUCCAUGGCGUUUCAGAGGCAGCUUUUCCGAAGAGUUGUGGGAGAUUUAUCCAAACCCAAGAUUGGUAGGGUGGCUUCCUUCUCUACUCUUCAGUCUGCUACCUCUGAAGAAGCUUCCGUGCCUUCGUUGCCGCCGUUUAAUUAUGAGCCGAGGCCGUACAAUGGGCCACGCGCCGAUCAGGUCCUUGAGAAGCGGAAGAAGUUUCUGGGUCCUUCUCUUUUUCACUUCUACCAGAAGCCUAUCAAUAUUGUAGAAGGGAAAAUGCAAUACUUGUUUGAUGAGGAUGGCAGGCGCUACCUCGAUGCAUUUGCUGGGAUUGUGACUGUUUCUUGCGGACAUUGUCAUCCGGUUGUUUUAAAGGCUAUCAUGGAGCAGAGCCAGCUUCUUCAGCAUGCUACAACCAUAUACUUGCACCAUGCAAUUGCAGAUUUCGCAGAGGCAUUGGCUUCAAAAAUGCCGGGAAAUCUCAAGGUUGUAUACUUUGUGAAUUCUGGGACAGAAGCAAAUGAGUUAGCAAUGCUGAUGGCUCGUCUGUACAGUGGCAGUCUUGGUAUGAUUGCGUUGAGAAAUGCAUAUCAUGGUGGAAGUUCAAAUACCAUUGGAUUGACAGCAUUGAACACGUGGAAAUAUCCAAUUCCACAGGGUGAGAUCCAUCAUGUUGUAAAUCCAGAUCCCUACCGUGGAAUCUUUGGCUCUGAUGCCAGGAGUUAUGCGAAAGAUGUGCAAGAUCACAUCGAUUAUGGGACUUCCGGCAAAGUUGCCGGUUACAUAUCAGAAACAAUUCAGGGAGUUGGAGGAGCUGUAGAAAUUGCCCCUGGUUAUCUGAAACUAGUUUAUGACAUUGUUCGAAAGGCAGGUGGUGUCUGUAUAGCCGAUGAGGUCCAGACUGGGUUUGGCCGAACUGGAAGUCACUAUUGGGGCUUUCAAACUCAGGGUGUGAUCCCAGACAUUGUUACAAUGGCUAAGGGCAUUGGAAAUGGUUUGCCUUUGGGAGCAGUGGUCACUACACCAGAAAUUGCGAGUGUUCUGGCGCAAAAGAUACAGUUUAACACUUAUGGAGGAAAUCCUGUAUGCUCUGCAGGAGGGCUUGCAGUUCUGAAAGUCAUUGAUGAGGAGAAGCGUCAGAGUCACUCUGCCGAUGUUGGCUCACAUUUGUUGGGGCGUUUGAGAGACUUGCAAGAGAGACAUGACAUCAUUGGAGAUGUCAGAGGUAGAGGAUUAAUGGUGGGAGUGGAACUGGUUACCGAUCGAACUGUAAAGACACCUGCCAAGGCAGAAACAGCGGUGUUGUUUGAAAAACUUAGAGAGCUUGGAAUUCUGGUCGGUAAAGGAGGGUUGCAUGGUAACGUUUUUAGGAUAAAACCACCGAUGUGUUUUACCAAGGACGAUGCAGAUUUUCUUGUAGAUGCGAUGGACUAUUCAAUGUCAAAGUUGUGAAAGCUAAUGCUUGAAGAAGACUGAGUUGGAAAUUGCUUUGCUUAGAGGCUCCUCCACUAGGAAACUUGAAUAAUUAAUGUAGUAAUGUACAGGGAAAUUCGUUGCAGUUUGUGGCAAUUCAAUGAGAAAUAGCAUGCUUGAUCUUUCCCAAAACCCCAUUCUUCAAAGAUAAGUAAAUAGGUAAAAAGCAUGGUCAUUGCCAAA